ACAGCGGCAGUCAGCCUCUGACUAGCUGGGUAGGUGCCAUAGACAGCUACCACACAUCAGUCUCAUUUCUUUGUCCGGUUUAAAAGAGCGGCUCGGUCUUUGGUGACCGUUUUUUAAAAUGUCCGACGGCGGAGGAACGGAGGAUAACUCCGGCACCAUGGAGGUGUCCACGGUCCAAACGGUGGCAGACACCUCGGUGUUGCAGAAGCACAUCCGUAAACUUGUCCCGUUGCUCCUGGAAGAUGGCGGCGAGGCCCCGGCCUCACUGGAAACCGCCCUGGAGGAGAAGAGCUCCGUGGAACAGAUGAGGAAAUUCCUUGCUGAUCCCCAAAUCCACACCAUCCUGGUAGAGAGAAGUGCAUUGAAAGAGGAUGUCGGAGAUGAAGGAGAGGAAGAGAAGGAGUGCAUCACUUACAACGUCAGCAUUGAUAUUCACUAUGGAAUCAAGUCAAACAGCCUGGCGUUGAUCAAAAGGACAGGUGUCAUCGAUGCAGACAAGCCAAUAUCAACCCAGGUUCGAGUUUUGACCUUGAGUGAGGAUUCACCCUAUGAGACACUCCACUCUUUCAUCAGCAAUGCUGUGGCUCCUUUCUUCAAAUCCUACAUUCGUGAAUCUGGCAAAGCAGACAGAGAUGGAGAUAAGAUGGCUCCCUCAGUUGAGAAAAAGAUUGCAGAGUUGGAGAUGGGUCUUCUCCAUCUGCAGCAGAACAUUGAGAUUCCUGAGAUCAGCCUCCUCAUCCACCCCAUCAUCACAAAUAUUGCCAAACAGUGCUAUGAGCGUGGGGAAAAACCCAAGGUCACAGAUUUUGGGGACAAAGUGGAAGAUCCGACGUUCCUUAACCAGCUGCAGUCUGGAGUCAAUCGUUGGAUCAGAGAAAUCCAGAAGGUGACAAAGCUUGACCGUGACCCGGCUUCAGGAACAGCCUUGCAGGAGAUCAGCUUCUGGCUGAAUCUGGAGAGAGCCCUCAACAGGAUCCAGGAAAAGAGAGAGAGCCCCGAGGUUCUGCUCACCCUCGACAUCCUCAAACAUGGAAAACGUUUCCAUGCUACUGUCAGCUUUGACACUGACACUGGUCUAAAGCAGGCUGUUGAAACAGUCAAUGACUACAACCCUCUGAUGAAGGACUUCCCUCUCAAUGACCUGCUCUCUGCCUCAGAGCUUGAUAAGAUCCGCCAGGCUCUGAUGGCCAUCUUCACCCACCUGAAAAAGAUCAGGAACACUAAGUACCCCAUCCAAAGGGCUCUGCGUCUGGUUGAAGCCAUUUCCAGGGACUUGAGCUCCCAACUCCUCAAAGUGUUGGGAACCAGGAAGCUCAUGCAUGUUGCCUACGAAGAAUUUGAAAAGGUGAUGGUGGCUUGCUUCGAGGUGUUCCAGACCUGGGAGGAUGAGUAUGAGAAACUGCAGGUGCUUUUGAGGGACAUUGUGAAGCGGAAGCGAGAGGAGAACCUGAAGAUGGUGUGGCGUCUGAGCCCAGCUCACAGGAAACUCCAGUCACGUCUGGACCACAUGAGACGUUUCAGAAGGCAGCAUGAGCAGCUGAGGGCUGUCAUUGUCCGUGUGCUUAGGCCACAGGUUUCUGCUGUGCCACAACACGCACCUGGAGAGACAGUUGAGCCCCAAGACAUGAAAGUGGCUGGAGUUCUCAUUGAUGCAGCUGAUGCCAAUGCUAUUGAGGAGGUCAACCUGGCAUAUGAGAAUGUGAAAGAGGUUGACGGCCUGGAUGUGUCUAAGGAAGGCAUGGAAGCCUGGGAAGCUGCCAUGAAGCGCUACGACGAGCGCAUCGACCGUGUGGAGACCCGUAUCACUGCUCGUCUGCGUGAUCAGCUGGGAACCGCCAAGAACGCCAAUGAGAUGUUCCGUAUCUUCUCCCGCUUCAAUGCUCUCUUUGUGCGCCCCCACAUUCGCGGUGCCAUCCGUGAGUACCAGACGCAGCUCAUCCAGCGUGUGAAGGAUGACAUCGAGUCUCUGCAUGACAAGUUCAAAGUCCAGUAUCCUCAGAGCCAGGCCUGUAAGAUGAGCCACGUCAGGGACCUGCCUCCCGUGUCAGGCUCCAUCAUCUGGGCUAAGCAGAUCGAUCGUCAGCUGACUGCGUACAUGAAGCGAGUGGAGGACGUCCUGGGUAAAGGCUGGGAGAAUCACGUGGAGGGGCUGAAGCUGAAGCAGGAUGGAGACAGCUUCAGAGCUAAACUGAAUACACAGGAGAUAUUUGAUGACUGGGCUCGCAAGGUGCAGCAGCGUAACCUUGGUGUAUCUGGUCGCAUCUUCACCAUUGAAAGCACUCGUGCCCGUGGACGCACAGGCAACAUGCUCAAGCUCAAAGUCAACUUCCUUCCAGAGAUCAUCACCUUAUCCAAAGAAGUCCGUAACCUCAAGUGGCUGAGCUUCCGUGUUCCUCUGGCCAUUGUCAACAAAGCCCACCAGGCUAACCAGCUGUAUCCGUUUGCCAUCUCUUUGAUCGAGAGUGUGCGCACCUAUGAACGCACAUGCGAGAAGGUGGAAGAGAGGUCCUCCAUCUCUUUACUGGUUGCCGGGCUGAAGAAGGAGGUUCAGGCUUUAGUUACCGAGGGCAUCACUCUGGUUUGGGAAUCAUACAAGCUGGAUCCAUACGUUCAGAGGCUGGCUGAGACUGUCUUCAACUUCCAGGAGAAGGUGGAUGACCUCUUGCUGAUUGAGGAGAAGAUAGAUCUCGAGGUUCGCUCUCUGGAGACCUGUAUGUUUGACAACAAGACCUUCUCUGACAUCCUGAACCGAGUCCAGAAGGCUGUGGACGAUCUGAACCUGCACUCAUAUUCCAACCUGCCCAUCUGGGUCAACAAACUCGACAUUGAGAUUGAGCGCAUUCUGGGAGUGCGUCUGCAGGCAGGCCUUAAAGCCUGGACCCAGGUGCUUCGGGGUCAGGUGGAGGACAAAGCUGAUGUGGACAUGGACACAGAGGCUCCACAAGUGAGCCACAAACCAGGAGGAGAACCCAAGAUCAAGAAUGUUGUCCAUGAGCUGAGGAUUACUAACCAGGUGAUCUACCUGAACCCACCAAUUGAAGACUGUCGCUACAAGCUUUACCAGGAGAUGUUUGCUUGGAAGAUGGUCAUCCUCUCUCUUCCCAGGAUUCAGAGCCAGAGAUACCAGGUGGGCGUCCACUAUGAGCUGUCAGAGGAGGAGAAGUUCUAUAGAAAUGCUCUCACCAGGAUGCCAGAUGGCCCUGCAGCGUUAGAGGAGGCUUACAAUGCAGUCGAAGACAUCGUCAAUGAGGUGGAGCAGUAUGUUAAGGUGUGGCUUCAGUACCAGUGCUUGUGGGACAUGCAAGCUGAGAACAUCUACAACCGUUUGGGUGAAGACCUCACCAAGUGGCAAGCCCUGCUGGUCCAGAUCCGCAAAGCACGUGGAACCUUUGACAAUGCAGAGACCCGGAAAGAUUUUGGACCUGUGGUCAUUGACUAUGGCAAGGUCCAGUCCAAGGUGAACUUGAAGUAUGAUUCCUGGCACAAAGAAGUGCUCAGCAAGUUUGGCCAGAUGCUCGGGCAGAACAUGCAGGACUUCCAUGCCCAGAUCUCCAAGUCUCGUCAAGACCUAGAACAACAUUCUGUGGACACAGCGAGCACCUCAGAUGCUGUCAACUUCAUAACCUAUGUCCAGACCCUGAAACGGAAAAUCAAACAGUUUGAGAAAAAUGUGGAUUUGUUCCGUAACGGACAGCGUUUGCUGGAGAAGCAGAGAUUCCAGUUCCCUCCAUCCUGGCUCUACAUCGAUAACAUUGAAGGAGAAUGGGGGGCCUUCAGUGACAUCAUGAAACGUAAAGAUACAGCUAUCCAGCAGCAAGUUGCCAACCUGCAGAUGAAGAUUGUCCAGGAGGACAAAGCUGUAGAAAACCGCACCACUGACCUGCUCAAUGACUGGGAGAAGACCAAACCAGUUGCUGGUAACCUGCGUCCUGAGGAGGCUCUUCAGUCUCUGACAAUCUAUGAAGGAAACUUUGGCCGUCUGAAGGUCGAAAGGGAGAAAUGUGCUCGUGCCAAAGAGGCUCUGGAGCUCACGGACACUGGGCUGCUGAGUGGUAGUGAAGAGAGAGUGCAGGUGGCAUUGGAGGAGCUGCAUGACCUGAAGGAGGUGUGGUCAGAGCUCUCAAAGGUCUGGGAGCAAAUCGACCAGAUGAAAGAACAGCCAUGGGUGUCUGUGCAACCUCGUAAGCUUCGUCAGAGUCUGGAUGGUCUUCUGAACCAGUUGAAGAACUUCCAAGCAAGACUGAGACAGUACGCCUCCUAUGAGUACGUCCAGAGGCUGCUUAAAGGAUACCUGAAGGUGAACAUGUUGGUGAUUGAGCUGAAGUCUGAGGCUUUGAAAGACCGCCACUGGAAGCAGUUGAUGAAGCGUUUGCAUGUCAACUGGGUCACAUCAGAGCUGACCCUGGGACAGAUCUGGGAUGUGGAUCUACAGAAGAACGAAAUGGUUGUGAAGGAUGUUCUCCUGGUUGCUCAGGGAGAAAUGGCCUUGGAGGAGUUCCUUAAACAGAUCCGUGAAGUGUGGAACUCGUAUGAACUCGACCUGGUGAACUACCAGAACAAAUGUCGUCUGAUUCGGGGCUGGGACGACCUCUUUAACAAGGUCAAAGAACACAUCAACAGUGUGUCUGCCAUGAAGCUGUCUCCUUACUACAAGGUGUUUGAGGAAGAUGCUUUGAGCUGGGAGGACAAGCUGAACCGCAUCAUGGCUCUGUUUGAUGUUUGGAUUGAUGUCCAGCGUCGUUGGGUCUACCUGGAGGGCAUCUUCACAGGCAGCGCAGACAUCAAACAUCUGCUUCCUGUAGAAACACAGCGAUUCCAGAGCAUCAGCACAGAGUUCUUGGCCCUAAUGAAAAAGGUGACAAAAUCACCCUUGGUGAUGGAUGUGCUGAACAUUCAGGGAGUGCAGAGGUCCCUGGAGCGUCUGGCUGACCUUCUUGGAAAAAUCCAGAAAGCUCUUGGAGAAUACCUGGAGAGGGAGAGAUCCUCAUUCCCCAGGUUCUACUUCGUUGGAGAUGAGGAUCUGCUUGAGAUCAUUGGCAACAGCAAGAACGUGGCCAAACUGCAAAAACACUUCAAGAAAAUGUUUGCUGGUGUGUCCAGCAUUUUGCUCAAUGAAGACAACACGGUGGUGCUGGGAAUCUCUUCACGAGAGGGUGAAGAGAUUCUGUAUAAGACCCCGGUCUCCAUCACUGAGCACCCCAAAAUCAAUGAAUGGCUGACUCUCGUGGAGAAAGAGAUGAGAGUGACACUGGCCAAGCUGUUGGCUGAGUCUGUCACAGAGGUCACAGGCUUCAACAAGGGCAGUGGCAUCGACCUGAACCAGUACAUCACCUGGAUUGAUCGUUACCAGGCCCAGCUGGUUGUCCUGUCCACUCAGAUUGCCUGGUCUGAGAACAUUGAAUCUGCCUUGACCACUAUCUCUGGUGGAGGGGACAUGUCACCCAUGCAGAACGUAUUGACAAAUGUGGAGGCCACUCUCAACGUGUUGGCUGACACUGUGCUGAUGGAGCAGCCUCCUCUCCGCAGGAGGAAACUGGAACAUCUGAUCACAGAGCUGGUGCACCAGCGUGACGUUACCAGGACUUUGAUUAAGAACAAAAUUGACAACCCCAAGUCCUUCGAGUGGCUCAGCCAGAUGCGUUUCUACUUUGACCCCAAGCAGACUGACGUCCUGCAGCAACUGUCUAUUCAGAUGGCCAACGCAAAGUUCAACUACGGCUUCGAGUACUUGGGUGUCCAGGACAAGCUGGUCCAGACACCUCUGACAGACCGCUGCUAUCUCACAAUGACCCAGGCUCUGGAGGCCCGCCUUGGAGGGUCACCAUUUGGCCCUGCUGGCACAGGAAAGACUGAGUCAGUGAAAGCCCUUGGUCACCAGCUUGGCCGCUUUGUCCUGGUCUUCAACUGUGAUGAGACAUUUGACUUCCAGGCCAUGGGUCGUAUCUUCGUGGGUCUGUGCCAGGUCGGAGCUUGGGGUUGCUUUGACGAGUUCAAUCGUCUUGAGGAGAGAAUGCUGUCGGCCGUGUCUCAGCAGGUCCAGUACAUCCAGGUGGCCCUGAGGGAGCAUAGCAACCCCAACAGAGACAGGAGUGUGCCUAUCACCACUGAACUCCUGAACAAGCAGGUGAAGGUGAGCCCAGACAUGGCCAUCUUCAUCACCAUGAACCCUGGCUAUGCUGGUCGAUCCAACCUGCCUGACAAUCUGAAGAAGCUGUUCCGUAGCUUGGCCAUGACCAAGCCUGAUCGCCAGCUCAUCGCCCAGGUUAUGCUCUACUCUCAAGGUUUCCGCACGGCUGAGAUCCUUGCCAAGAAGAUUGUACCCUUCUUUAAGCUGUGUGAUGAGCAGCUGUCAUCCCAGAGUCACUAUGAUUUUGGUCUUCGAGCCCUCAAGAGUGUGCUGAUCAGUGCUGGCAACGUCAAACGUGAGCGCAUCCAGAGGAUCAAAAGGGAGAAACUUGAGCGUGGAGAGGAUGUUGAUGAGAAUGAGAUCGCGGAGAAUCUUCCUGAGCAGGAGAUCCUGAUCCAGAGUGUGUGUGAGACUAUGGUGCCCAAACUGGUGGCAGAGGACAUCCCUCUGCUGUUCAGCUUGCUGUCUGAUGUUUUCCCUGGAGUACAGUACCACCGUGGAGAGAUGACUGCUCUGAGGGAGGAGCUAAAGAAAGUCUGUGCAGAGAUGUACCUCACCUAUGGAGAUGGUGAUGAUGUGGGCAGCCUAUGGGUGGAGAAGGUGCUCCAGCUGUACCAGAUCACACAGAUCAACCAUGGUCUAAUGAUGGUUGGACCCUCAGGCAGUGGAAAAACCAUGGCUUGGCGAGUGCUGCUCAAGGCUUUGGAAAGGCUGGAAGGAGUGGAGGGUGUGGCCCACAUCAUUGAUCCCAAGGCUAUUAGCAAGGACCACCUUUAUGGAACCCUGGACCCCAACACCCGCGAAUGGACCGAUGGCUUGUUCACACACAUCCUCAGGAAGAUCAUUGAUAAUGUUCGAGGUGAACUGCAGAAGCGACAGUGGAUCAUCUUUGAUGGAGAUGUCGACCCUGAGUGGGUUGAAAAUCUCAACUCUGUCCUGGAUGACAACAAGCUGCUCACUCUACCCAACGGAGAGCGUCUUAGCUUGCCACCAAAUGUGCGUGUGAUGUUUGAGGUACAGGACCUUAAGUAUGCUACCUUGGCCACCGUGUCUCGUUGUGGUAUGGUCUGGUUCAGUGAGGACGUCCUCAGCACCGACAUGAUCUUUAACAACUUCCUGGCUCGCAUGCGCAGCAUCCCACUGGACGAGGGAGAGGAUGAAGCUCAGCGCAAGAGAAAGGGUACAGAGGAUGAGGAGGAAACUGCAUCACCAAUGCUACAGAUCCAGCGUGAUUCUGCAGGUAUUCUGCAGCCUUACUUUACCUCUACAGGCCUGGUCAUCAAGGCGUUGGAGCACGCCUCAAAGAUGGAACACAUCAUGGACUUCACCCGCCUGCGCUGCUUGGGUUCCCUGUUCUCAAUGCUGCACCAGGCCUGCCGCAAUGUGGCUCUAUACAACAACAACCACCCAGACUUCCCCAUGCCCAUCGAUCAGCUGGAGAGAUACAUGCAGAGAUAUCUGAUCUACGCUGUGCUGUGGUCCUUCUCUGGUGAUGGGCGGCUCAAGAUGAGGGCUGAGCUUGGGGAAUAUAUCCGACGCAUCACCACCGUACCCCUCCCCUCUGCCCCCAAUGUUCCCAUCAUUGACUACGAGGUGUGCAUCUCAGGAGAGUGGCAGUCCUGGCAGGGUAAGGUGCCCCAGAUUGAGGUGGAAACUCACAAGGUGGCAUCCCCUGAUGUUGUUGUUCCCACGUUGGACACUGUUCGCCACGAGGCUUUGCUUUACACAUGGCUGGCAGAACACAAGCCGCUAGUGUUGUGUGGACCUCCUGGCUCUGGAAAGACCAUGACCCUGUUUAGCGCUCUCAGGGCCCUGCCGGACAUGGAGGUUGUGGGUUUGAACUUUUCUAGUGCCACGACACCAGAGCUGCUGCUGAAGACCUUCGACCACUACUGUGAGUAUCGCCGUACUCCCAACGGUGUUGUCCUCGCCCCCGUCCAACUCGGCAAGUGGCUAGUGUUGUUCUGUGAUGAAAUCAAUUUGCCUGACAUGGACAAGUACGGCACACAGAGAGUCAUCUCUUUCCUGCGACAGAUGGUGGAACAUGGAGGGUUCUACCGCACCUCAGAUCAGACUUGGGUCAAACUGGAGAGGAUCCAGUUUGUGGGAGCCUGUAAUCCUCCCACAGACCCUGGCAGAAAGCCCCUCACUCACAGAUUCCUGCGUCAUGUUCCUGUGGUGUAUGUGGACUAUCCAGGACCAGCAUCUCUCACUCAGAUUUAUGGUACCUUCAACCGGGCCAUGUUGCGCCUCAUCCCCUCUCUGCGCACCUAUGCUGAACCUCUGACUGCUGCCAUGGUGGAGUUCUACACUAUGUCUCAGGAGCGGUUCACCCAGGACACCCAGCCCCACUACAUCUACUCUCCCAGAGAAAUGACCCGCUGGGUGAGGGGCAUCUUCGAGGCUCUGCGGCCACUUGAGACUCUGCCUGUGGAGGGGCUCAUUCGUAUCUGGGCCCAUGAGGCUCUACGACUCUUCCAGGAUAGGCUGGUUGGAGAUGAAGAAAGAAGGUGGACAGAUGAAAACAUCGAUACCGUUGCUCUCAAACACUUCCCCAACAUCGAUAAGGAGAAGGCUCUUAACAGACCCAUCCUUUACAGCAACUGGCUCUCCAAGGAUUACAUCCCAGUGGAACAGGAGGAACUGAGGGACUAUGUGAAGGCCCGUCUGAAGGUCUUCUAUGAAGAGGAGCUGGAUGUUCCUCUUGUGCUCUUUAAUGAGGUGUUGGACCAUGUCCUGAGAAUUGACAGAAUCUUCCGUCAGCCUCAGGGCCAUCUGUUGUUGAUCGGUGUGAGUGGAGCAGGAAAGACCACUCUGUCUCGCUUUGUUGCCUGGAUGAACGGUCUGAGUGUCUACCAGAUCAAGGUACACAGGAAAUACACAGGAGAGGACUUUGAUGAAGACCUGCGGACAGUGCUGCGUCGAUCAGGUUGCAAGAAUGAGAAGAUUGCCUUCAUCAUGGAUGAGUCCAAUGUACUGGACUCUGGUUUCCUUGAGAGAAUGAACACUCUUCUGGCCAAUGGAGAGGUUCCUGGCCUGUUUGAAGGAGAUGAAUAUGCCACCCUGAUGACUCAGUGUAAGGAGGGAGCUCAGAAAGAGGGUCUAAUGCUUGACACACAUGAGGAGCUGUACAAGUGGUUCACCAGCCAGGUGAUCAGGAACCUCCACGUGGUUUUCACCAUGAACCCCUCAUCAGAAGGCCUCAAGGACAGAGCUGCCACAUCUCCUGCUCUCUUCAACAGAUGUGUGCUGAACUGGUUUGGAGACUGGUCCACUGAGGCCCUGUAUCAGGUGGGUAAGGAGUUCACCAGCAAGAUGGACCUGGAGAAGCCCAACUACAAGGUGCCAGACUACAUGCCCAUUGUUUACGACAAACUGCCCCAGCCACCAUCUCACCGUGAGGCCAUCGUCAACGGCUGUGUGUUUGUACACCAGACACUCCACCAGGCGAACAACCGACUGGCCAAGCGAGGUGGCCACACCAUGGCCAUCACCCCCAGACACUACCUUGACUUCAUCAACCAGUACGCCAACCUGUUCAAUGAGAAACGCAGUGAGUUGGAGGAGCAGCAGAUGCAUCUCAAUGUUGGUCUCCGUAAGAUCAAAGAAACUGUUGAUCAGGUGGAGGAGCUUCGUCGUGACCUGAGAAUCAAGAGCCAAGAGUUGGAAGCAAAGAAUGCUGCUGCCAAUGACAAACUGAAGAAGAUGGUCAAAGACCAGCAGGAGGCAGAGAAGAAGAAGGUGAUGAGUCAGGAGAUCCAGGAGGCUGUGUACAAGCAGCAGGAGGUGAUCAAGGACAAACAGCUGAGUGUCAAACAGGACUUGGACCAAGUGGAGCCUGCUGUUAUUGAGGCUCAGAAUGCUGUUAAGUCCAUUAAGAAGCAGCACCUGGUGGAGGUGCGUUCCAUGGCCAAUCCACCUGCAGCUGUAAAACUGGCCCUGGAGUCCAUCUGCUUGCUCCUGGGAGAAAGCACAACUGACUGGAAGCAGAUUCGUUCCAUCAUCAUGAGAGAGAACUUCAUCCCCACCAUUGUUAACUUCUCUGCUGAAGAAAUCAGUGACUCCAUCCGUGAGAAGAUGAAGAAGAACUACCUCUCCAACCCAAGUUACAACUAUGACCAAGUCAACAGGGCCUCACUGGCCUGCGGCCCCAUGGUGAAAUGGGCCAUUGCUCAGCUUAACUAUGCUGACAUGCUGAAGCGUGUGGAGCCUCUGCGUAACGAACUGCAGAAGCUUGAAGAUGACGCCACAGACAACAAAACCAAAGCGGAAGAGGUAGAACAAAUGAUCAGAGACCUGGAGGCUAGCAUCGCUCGCUACAAGGAGGAGUAUGCUGUUCUCAUCUCAGAGGCCCAGGCCAUCAAGGCUGACCUCGCUGCAGUGGAAGCUAAGGUGAAUCGGAGUACAGCUCUACUCAAGAGUCUAUCAGCUGAAAGAGAGCGCUGGGAAAAGACCAGUGAGACCUUCAAGAACCAGAUGUCUACCAUCGCUGGAGACUGUCUGCUCUCUGCUGCAUUCAUUACCUAUGCUGGCUACUUUGAACAACAGAUGAGACAGAACCUGUUCACUACUUGGUCUCAUCACCUGCAGCAAGCCAACAUUCAGUUCCGUACCGACAUCGCCAGAACUGAGUACCUGUCCAACGCAGAUGAGAGACUCCGCUGGCAAGCCAACUCCCUCCCAGCUGAUGACCUCUGCACUGAAAACGCCAUCAUGCUUAAGAGGUUUAACAGAUACCCGCUCAUCAUUGAUCCAUCAGGUCAGGCUACGGAGUUCAUAAUGAAUGAGUACAAAGACCGAAAGAUCACCAGGACCAGUUUCUUGGAUGAUGCUUUCAGGAAGAACCUGGAGAGUGCCCUGCGUUUUGGUAACCCACUGCUGGUCCAGGACGUGGAAAGUUACGACCCCAUCUUAAACCCAGUGCUGAACAGGGAGGUCCGCAGAACUGGAGGGCGUGUCCUCAUCACCCUCGGAGACCAGGAUAUUGAUCUGUCACCUUCAUUCGUCAUCUUCCUCUCCACACGAGACCCAACGGUUGAGUUCCCACCAGAUCUAUGUUCUCGUGUGACUUUUGUCAACUUCACCGUGACACGGAGCAGCCUCCAGAGCCAGUGUCUCAACGAAGUCCUAAAGGCUGAGAGACCUGAUGUGGAUGAGAAACGCUCUGAUCUCCUCAAACUGCAGGGUGAGUUCCAGCUGCGUCUCCGCCAGCUUGAGAAAUCCCUGCUGCAGGCCCUGAAUGAAGUUAAGGGCCGUAUCCUGGAUGAUGACACCAUCAUCACCACCCUGGAGAACCUAAAGAGGGAGGCAGCUGAGGUGACCCGAAAGGUGGAGGAGACAGAUAUCAUCAUGGCUGAGGUGGAGGCAGUGUCUCAGCAGUACCUGUCUCUGUCCUCAGCCUGCAGCAGCAUCUACUUCACCAUGGAGGCUCUGAACCAGAUGCACUUCCUGUACCAGUACUCCCUUCACUUUUUCCUGGAUACCUACCAUACUGUGCUUUAUGAGAACGCCAACCUCAAGAGUAUCACUGAUCACUCUCAGAGACUGGCCCUCAUCACCAAGGACCUCUUCCAGGUUGCUUUCAACAGAGUAGCCAGAGGUAUGCUGCAUCAGGAUCACAUCACCUUUGCCAUGCUUCUGGCUAAAAUCAGUCUGAAGGGCAUGACUAAUGAGCCUUCAUAUGAUGCGGAGUUCCAGCAUUUCCUCCGUGGUAAGGAGAUUGUCCUGACGGGUAUGUCACUGCCCAAGGUGAAGGGUCUGUCCACAGAACAGAGUGAGGCCAUGGUCCGCCUCAGCCGCCUGCCUGCAUUCAAAGACCUGGUGGCCAAAGUUGAGGCUGAUGAGCAAUUCUUCAUGUGGCUUGAGAGUAACACCCCAGAGCUGGCCGUUCCUUAUCUGUGGUCGGAGGAGAAACAGUCCACUUCCAUUGGCCAGGCAGUGCACCAGCUGCUGCUGAUCCAGACUUUCCGUCCAGAUCGUCUGCUGGCCAUGUCACACAUUUUUGUGUCAAAGGUUCUGGGAGAGACCUUCAUGAGCAUCAUCGAGCAGCCUCUGGACCUGGCUAAUAUCGUGGACAGUGAGGUGAAGCCCAGCACUCCAGUGUUGAUGUGUUCUGUGCCAGGUUAUGAUGCUUCUGGUCUGGUCAGAGAUCUGGCUGCUGAGGAGAACAAACAAAUCACCUCCAUUUCCAUUGGUUCAGCUGAGGGCUUCAACAAGGCUGACCGAGACAUCAACACAGCUGUCAAGUCUGGAAGGUGGGUGAUGUUGGAGAACGUCCAUCUGGCUCCUGGUUGGCUGAUGCAGCUGGAGAAGAAGCUCCACUCUAUGCAACCUCAUGCCAGCUUCAGGCUUUUCCUCACUAUGGAGAUCAACCCCAAGGUUCCAGUCAAUCUGCUCCGUGCUGGUCGUAUCUUUGUGUUUGAGCCUCCUCCAGGUGUUAAAGCCAACAUGCUCAGGACCUUUAGCAGCAUCCCUGUGGCUCGCAUGUGCAAGGCCCCCAAUGAGCGUGCUCGCCUCUACUUCCUGCUGGCCUGGUUCCACGCUGUCAUUCAGGAGCGUCUGCGGUAUGCACCGCUGGGCUGGUCUAAGAAAUAUGAAUUUGGAGAGUCUGAUCUGCGUUCUGCCUGUGACACAGUUGACACUUGGCUGGAUGACACUGCUAAGGGACGUCAGAACAUUGCACCAGAUAAGAUCCCCUGGGCGGCUCUGAAAACCCUCAUGGCCCAGUCCAUCUAUGGAGGUCGCAUUGACAACGAAUUUGACCAGCGACUGCUCAUCACUUUCCUGGAACGUAUUUUCACAAAGGGCAGCUUCGACAGCGAGUUCAAACUGGCUCUGAAGGUGGACGGACACAAGGACAUCAAGAUGCCUGAUGGCAUUCGGCGGGAGGAGUUCAUGCACUGGGUAGAGAUGCUCCCUGACACUCAGACUCCAUCUUGGCUCGGGUUGCCUAGCAAUGCCGAGAAGGUCUUGCUCACCACUCAGGGCAUUGACAUGAUGGGUAAGAUGCUGAAAAUGCAGAUGUUGGAGGAUGAGGACGACCUGGCCUAUGAGACGGAGAAGAAGCAACAGCAGCAGCAGCAGCACACUUCGUCCACAUCUGACGCCCAGCCAGCCUGGAUGAGGACCCUCCACACCACCGCCUGCAACUGGCUGCAGCUCAUGCCUCAAGCAGUCAAUCCACUCAAACGCACAGUGGAGAACAUCAAGGACCCACUGUUCCGUUUCUUUGAGCGUGAGGUGAAGAUGGGCGGCAAGAUGCUGCAGGAGAUUCGUCAGGAUCUCUCUGAUGUUGUGCAAGUGUGUGAAGGCAAGAAGAAGCAGACCAACUACCUGCGCACACUCAUCAGCGACCUGGUCAAAGGCAUCCUUCCUCGCAGCUGGUGCAGAUACACUGUCCCAGCAUCCAUGACUGUCAUUCAGUGGGUGGCAGAUUUCAGUGAGAGGAUCAAACAGCUGCAACACAUCUCCCAAGGGGCUGCCAGCGGAGGGGCCAAGGAGCUCAAGAACAUCCAUGUAUGCCUGGGCAGCCUGUUUGUGCCAGAGGCCUACAUCACUGCCACCCGUCAGUACGUGGCCCAGGCCAACAGCUGGUCUCUGGAGGAGUUGUGUCUGGAGGUCAACGUCACCACCGCUCAGGGCGCUGCGCUGGACGCCUGCAGCUUCGGCAUCAAAGGACUGAAACUACAGGGAGCGACAUGUGCCAACAACAAGCUGUCUCUGUCCACGUCCAUCUCCACUGAGCUGCCACUGACUCAGCUCCGCUGGAUCAAACAGGGCAACGCCGAGAAGAGACACAUGGUCACUCUGCCCGUGUACCUGAACUUCACCAGGUCAGACCUCAUCUUCACCGUUGACUUCGACAUCGCCACCAAAGAAGAUCCUCACAGCUUCUACGAGCGUGGAGUCGCUGUCCUGUGUACCGAGUAAAUGGAGUCCUGAAGUCAUUCCUGAAGACUCUAGUGUCACUAUCUAAACCAACCUUUUAUCACUUAACAUUCAUCGCUUAUUAAUCAUCAGUUGAAAAAGUAGUUAUAGUCUGUGUCAUUCCAUUAUUAAACUCAGUCUAGAACAUGAGGAGCAGUAACGUAGAGCUCAUACUAGUGCUUUUGGAAAGGGUCUUGAAGGUUAUGGGAAUGUUGUCAGAUGGUUGAUGAAGAGGAGAUGAAAAGUGGAAAAGCAAAGUUGGAAAGAGAAUGUUUUUAUGAAGGAACCUGUAUGUUUUUUAGAUUGAAACCCUGUUGGAAUAAAAUGAAGUACAACCUCA